CCGUUUCAUCUACCAUAAAAAGCAGCGACAACAUUCCCCUAUCUGCAUGCUUUAAAUAGAGCCGUAUUCGCGCAGGGAGCUCUUGCAGGCGUCCCGCCCCGCACAGGGGCCCCCGGUGCCCCUUUCCCUCCCUACGAUUGGUCGGCCGCCUGCUGGCUCCCCGUUAGUUUGGAAUAACCGAUACCGCAUUGGUUCUUGCGGCCCGGGAUCAGGCCCCCGGCUGUCAGCAAACGGACACAGAAAAGGUCGGACUUCAGCUGCUCGGACACCGCCCGCCACACAGCAGAGAUGAGUAAGAAUGUCUUAGGCGUCGUCGUGAAGAACAUGUCCUUCAAGGCAGGACAGACACUGAAGGUUUCAGGUGUUGCUAAGUCCGAGGCCGCAGACUUUGCCAUCAACAUCGGCCGUGGAGAGGAUGACUUUGCUCUGCACUUGAACCCGCGCUUCGACGCCCACGGGGACCAGCACACCGUCGUGUGCAACUCCUACGAGGGGGGCAGCUGGUGCGAGGAGCAGAGGAUGGACAGCUUCCCGUUCCAGCAGGGCGGGCACUUUGAGAUUCUGGUCACCUUUAACAACCAAGAGUUCCAGAUCUCCCUCCCUGACGGCUGUGCGAUCAACUUCCCCAAUCGCCUAGGUGACGAUAAGUACAACUACUUCAACUUCAUCGGCGACAUCAAGAUCCAGAGCCUUGAGAUCAAGUAGCGUGGACAGGCUCGUCCGCAGACAGGCCUGCGGUCCUCCGCCUCGCCGGCUGCCUGCUGCUCACCCUCCCGUUAGAAACACACCCGCCGAGUGUGAUUCGCUGUCGCAUAGCCAACCAGGCCAUACCGUAGGAGUGAAGCAUCAUGGGAAGGAUAAAGGAUGUCAGGCCACAGUUGAGCUUCAUAUGAUUUGUGAGGUCUUCCCAUCAGAAGAUGUUAUCCUUAAAAUGGGGGUGUUUCUGCUUGUGGGAACCAUUCCAGGUCUGUUUGUCUACCCACUCAAUAAAACUGCUAAUUGCUGGCUUUUGGCUCUAAACACA